AUGAGCUUGCCGAGCACCAACCGAGCAAUCGCAGCACCGGCACAGAGGCCUGCGGAUGACGCAAGCCGGGUGCCCAUGUUGCCCUCUCAGUCUAACGUCGUCAACAGUGCUGCUCCGUCGCGAUCAACGUCCGACGCAGCGAGACCCACCGGUGCCUUCCUGCUCGCAGGGUUUGUGGACAAAAAUAACUGGGACGCCAUACAAGAGAAUACGUACGUCGUCUUGGGCCACGGACCGUACCAGCGCCGAGUUCUGAUGUGUGGGAUUCUUGCCUUGGCUGUGCUGCUUUUCCAGUACCUUGCGUACAGACUUACCGGAAGGAAGGUUGGUCACUGGUGCAAGGCCCCCGACCAGUUGGCCUCUGUACCAGCCGACAUCUGGAAGAACCUCUCCAUACCCGUUGAAGUUGACGGCAGCUACAGUAACUGCACAAUUUACGACCCGCCUGAACCGGUAAGCCAAGAAGAAAACAGGACCGCCAUUAAUUGCCACGAGUGGAGCUACGACAUCGCGAACAAGGCAGACAGCAUCGUGAGUCGUUUCGACCUAGUUUGCGACCGAGAGUACCUCUACGACUUAUCUGAAAUAGUGCCCCUCUUUGGUUCGGGCCUCGUAUCGCCAGCACUCGGCUUGGUGGCAGACCACGUGGGCAGAAGGCCGGUAAUGCUUGCAUGCGCGUUCACACAGCUAUUCGCCACCGUCGCAAACACUUUCUCGGAGACGUACCCGCUCUUCUUGUUCACGCGGUUCCUGAUAUUUGCAGCGACCGACGUCACCUUCAUCGCCACGUUUACUUUGCUCCACGAGGUCACAGGGAACGCGCGUCGCUCGACGUUCACGCUUAUUGACAUCGCCGUGCCACACAUUUUUGUCCCACCUCUUCUGCACGUGAUCUCCAUUGUCAAGCCGCGAUGGAUGCUCGCUAACGCACUCACCAUCGUAACCACGGGCCUGCUGGCGUCCUGGUGCUGGCUAGUGGAGGAAUCUCCCACUUGGCUUGUCGCCACACGCGAUUUGCGCCGGGCCGAGGUCACGGUACUGCUGGCGGCCAGAGAAAAUGGGGUGGACGUCGCGAAGGCCCGGACGACAUUUAAGGCCAUCGAGGGGCAGUUGCGUAGACUGGACACGUGCGCCAUGGCGGAUCCGAUGGAGGCCAUCAUUGAGACGAUGAAACUGCGUCGUAGGGCGGCAUCUGUUCUGCUGGCCAGGUUCGUUAUGGACGCGACCUACAUCAGCCUCAUCAUGAAUGACGUGACCACAGGUAUUCGCUGGGAGGCGGCAUACGUCCUUUCCUCGGUUGUCUGCUACGCCUCGGCGCUCGGUUGCAUGCGCAGCUGCGGGAUCCGAAAGACUCUCUCCGGCGUAAUGGUCAUGGCGAGCACGUUCGCCGUUUUCGAAGCUAUGGUGAUGUCCCGCGGUGAGAAGGUUCUGACGCUCUACGUGCACGCCGGACUGAAAGUGUUCGUCUCCACUGGUUCUGGCGUGACGCUUUGUUACACGGCGGAGACCUUUCCGACGGUCGUGCGGAAUGCCGGCAUCUGCCUAUCACACUUCGCUGGCGGAAUGGGGUGCAUCUUGGGUGCCGUCAUCAUAGGUCUUAGCGGACUGCACGUCUUCUACUUACUGUCCGCCUUCAUGGUGCUGCUUAGCGCCGCGGCAAUCCAAUGGCUUCCGGAAGUGGUCAUAGAGAAAGCGCAGUUGCCUGGCGUAGCCACCGUGCGUGAACGAAAAGCUGCGCUUGUCGCGUCACUGGAGUCCCGUGGUGUAAGGUCAGCCGGUAAAUACCAGUAG